AUGGCACGUCUUGCUCUGUUUCUGUCUUUUUUGACUCUAGCUUUAAUCUCCGUUGUGAAUUGUCGUGUAUUAACUUCUGUGACCGAUGAGAACCCGAUCUUGGUCUCGGAUGGAGUCCAAGACGGAUCUGAAUACGAAAAUCUCAGUCUUGAUCCGAAAAAUCGCAUUUCCGAGAAUGCUUGUGUUCAUGCCUACGGGUUUCUACCAUGUGCAGACAAUGUUAAAGGAUAUGUUUUUCAAGUUUUCUCCUUUGGUUGUCUCUUGAUAAUAGGUGAAUACUUCUUGUCUAAAGGAAGGUCAAAACUAUUUGUUAUCUUCGAGGUCGGUCUCUAUGGCGGAAUCAUCUUCCCUCUCCUUGUAAUGUUCCCAAGAAUCGUCCUUAUUCUCUCGACUGGUUUAAUGGGAAGCCGAGAUAUCGCAAACUCGAUGGUGGGUAAUAACAUUGGAGUUACUGUCGGAUACUCUGUCUUCGCUUUGACUAUGCAGUGGGGAGCUUGUGUUGUCUUUGGCUUAUCUGGUUUGAAAUCAGAUCAGUCCAUAAGAAAAGAAGAAGUCCAUAUUACGGACGCAAAGAGUCCAAGACGACAAGUUUACAAGAACAAUCUUUUGCUAAGUAUUGCUGAAACUAGCAUAGAUGCAGAUCCUAAGAACAAGAAAGCGGCAGGGAUUAUGCUCUUGACUUUAUUGCCUUUCGUUAUGGUCACAUUUUCAGCGAUAUUCGAUUCAAAAUCUUGGGACGACAUCAUCGUUUUGAUCACACUCAUUAUCUCUGGUUGUGCAUCUGUUGUCUACUUUAUUUAUUCGUAUUUUGAUAUAGCGGAUCAAGCAAAGAGCUUAGAUCAGGCGAGGUUUGAGCUCAUGUCAGAAGUUCAUAAGAACUUGCAGAACUUUUCACCUCAAAGCCUCAUAAGAAAUGGACAACUAAGUAAAGAGAGCAUAAAAAGUUUGUUCAAAAAAAUAGAUGUAAACAAAGACGGAAAGAUUCAAGUUUCGGAGUUAAAAGAUUUGACGGUAGAGUUUGGGAUGCUUGGGAGAAUGAAGUGUGGAAUAAAUGAGCUGGCUACUACAUUUCUUGCUGAUUUAGACAGCGAUAAAGAUGGUGAGAUAGAUGAGACUGAAUUCGAGAAUGGGAUCGAGAAAUGGCUGAAACAGUACAAAUUCACCUUCACUCGCACUGACUGUCCAACAGAGAACCAAGCUGAGGAAGAUGAAGUUUUGAAGAUGGAACAACCAAAGGAAUGUCUUUUAAGAAAGUUGCUCACAAAGAGAGCCUUAAGAGCUGUCCUUGAAGUCAUUCUAGGAAUGCUAAUUGUCAUCUUUCUUGCAAUGCCUUUCAUGAUGAACAUCGAGCUUUUAUCUGUGUCCGCUGGAGUUCCUUCGUUUUAUGUUGUCUUUGUGGUGAUCCCUUUGGCAAGAAACUUAAAGAAUGCUUUGUCUGCUCACUUCUGUCGCAAGAGAGACAAGAAGAGAGUCACUUCUGACAAAUUCUCUGAGAUCUACAGCGAUGUUACAAUGAACAAUCUAAUUGGAAUUUCAUGUAUAUUGGCGAUUGUGUACGUGCGAGGAUUCACUUGGGAUUAUUCUACUGAAGUUAUCAUUGUUGUGAUCGUUGGCUUUUUAAUAGGCAUACCGGCUUACGUGAGAUCGACUUAUCCGUUUUGGAUAAGUGUAUUGGCCUUUGCUCUCUACUUUAUCUCUCUUCUCCUUGUCUAUCUCCAUUUCAAGUCUGUAGCUCAAUGA